UGUGCGCCUUGCGUUAUUUCUUGGGGUCGCUUUCUCGGCACCGCGACUUGGUCAGCAUCAGUGUUCUCGGGGUUUCGACAGCGUAUAGUGUGUUUGAAACGCUAAGUGCCUUUUUCCGGUUUUCUUCCCUCCUAAGCAAAUAACAAAAACACAAACACCAUGGACGCCAUCAAGAAGAAGAUGCAAGCGAUGAAGCUUGAGAAGGAUAAUGCCAUUGAUAAGGCAGAUACCUGCGAGAAUCAAGCUAAGGAUGCCAACUCCCGUGCCGACAAACUCAAUGAGGAGGUGCGCGACUUGGAGAAGAAAUUUGUUCAGGUUGAGGUCGAUUUGGUCACCGCCAAGGAGCAGCUGGAGAAGGCCAACACCGAAUUGGAGGAGAAGGAGAAACUGUUGACCGCCACGGAAUCCGAGGUAGCCACCUUGAACCGUAAGGUGCAACAGAUUGAGGAGGAUUUGGAGAAAUCUGAGGAGCGCUCAACCACCGCACAACAGAAGCUGUUGGAGGCCACACAGUCGGCCGAUGAGAACAACCGUAUGUGCAAAGUAUUGGAGAACCGUUCCCAGCAGGAUGAGGAGCGUAUGGAUCAGUUGACCAACCAAUUGAAGGAAGCUCGCAUGCUUGCUGAGGAUGCCGAUACCAAGUCCGAUGAGGUCUCCCGCAAGCUGGCCUUCGUUGAAGACGAGCUCGAAGUGGCUGAGGAUCGUGUCCGCUCCGGUGAAUCCAAGAUCAUGGAGCUGGAGGAAGAACUGAAGGUUGUCGGCAACUCGCUGAAAUCUUUGGAAGUGUCCGAGGAGAAGGCCAACCAGCGCGUUGAGGAAUUCAAGCGUGAGAUGAAGACCUUGUCUAUCAAGUUGAAGGAGGCCGAACAGCGCGCCGAACAGGCUGAGAAGCAAGUCAAGCGCCUGCAGAAGGAAGUCGACAGGCUAGAAGACGAGCUGGGCAUCAACAAGGACAGGUACAAGUCUCUGGCCGACGAGAUGGACUCCACAUUCGCCGAAUUGGCUGGCUACUAAACAUGGCCUCUUGUCCGGACGAUAGUAGAGAAAGAAGAAGUGGAACUCAACUAAAUGUAAACGAUUAUCAUCUUAAUAUCAUUUGCAAAUCAAAACAGAAACAAAACCAAAAUACCAAAAACAAGAUCCUUUGUGUAUAUCUUUAAAUCAAAUCUAUUUCUAAAUAAAUAAAUAACAACAACAACAAUA